AUGGCAACCCAGAACGGCGAGUUCGUCCUCGACAGAACACAAAACACUUAUAUCUUUGACAAAGACUUCGACAAAGAGUUAUCCCUCAGGUGGCAGUAUGUUAAUGCGCAAGCAGACAAGCUCCCCCCCCUUGUCCUGCUCCCGGACCUGAGCCGCCCGCCAAAGCAUCCGAAGCAAGCACAUGACGAUGAGCUGACUGAGACAAUCUAUAUGAUUCGGGAUGAAAUCAAGUACUUGAAUGAGACGCAGAAGCUCCAGUUAAACUGCCGUGCCCCCUGUCAGGAGGGACUCGCUAAAAGACUUGGGAAGAGAUGGGCAUUCUUGCACAUCGGCGACUUUGCCCCCUACCCUCCCAACUUCAGCUUUCAUCAUCAAGUAGCAGCUGGCGUCGUCCUCGGUCCCAAGUUCCAGGUGGAUCAUAUGUGCAUUGCAGCCAGUGAGCUUCAGGAGCUGACAAGGUUGAUUACUGAAGAUCGCUACAAGUGGUUCCUUGAGUGCGAAAAGAAGACUCGCGAUGGGAUUAAGCUCGCCGAGAUGCGCAUCAGGGAGCUUGAGGGGUACAUGACCCGCCAGCACAACGCCAUUUUAAAGGAGUUUGAGCUCUGGGCUGAAAAUAAUUGGGACAAUGUCUUUGUGAUCAAUGACCCCUUUCAGAAUAUCCCAAAUAUCAUCACUAACCACGGCUGGUAUGCCUGGUUCAGACUUGAGAGGCAGAUGUUGGAGGCUGAGCGACUGCUAGAGACUGAGCGACUCGCCCAGCACUGGGUUUUUUGUGACAUUCUAGCGGCCAUGACCAACGGGCUAGUUGAGAAGGGCGAGAUGCAUUAA